UUUGGGCCGAUCGGCAAGCGCAAGGUGUCAUCGUUAUUUUCUUGUGUUCGACCUCAUGGAUUUCAUCACGUAGCUGUCGGUUCUGCUAGCUAAUCGCUGAGCUCGUAGUCCCACUUAUAGGAUUUGGAGCUUGUGCAACCUGCUCAGCAGUCUAUGAAAAGAAAACUACUGUGUGGAAACUUUGUUCCUGAAUAUAUUUUGGGAAAUUACAAACAUGUAAAUUGCUUUUCCUGUGAGUAUACAGAUGUCAUUCUGCAGAAAGAUUUUUACAAUGAGUUGUGAGAAUCACGAGCGGUGUUUUUGUUUUGGGUGUUUAGUCGCUCAUUCGGAUCUGGAAGUGACUAUAAAAGGGAGCGGAUUGUGGCGUGUCUGUUUUUUGGUGUAUUGUGGAGAGUUCUCGGCCGAACUUUUUUCUGUGGAGUGUUGAUUAGUGGAUAUGGGACAAAAUCAGUGCAGCUUGGAUUUAAAUACUAGGGAUUCCACAUGCAGCACCCAUGCGUUUAGGGCAUCAUGGUUAAACAAAGAGGGUGCCAUGAAAUUAUGGAAGGAGGAGAAGCAGAAUGGUGCAAUAUACAAUGUCUACCUGAAGAGGGUUCGUUACAGGCACUCUGUAGCGUCCAUCAUGGAAGAGGGGACCGCAGAGCAGAACUCUGGUCUUGAGUGGGAGACCGUCAAGGUGAAGACGAUCAAGGCAGCCCCACUGGAGACCCUUGUGGAGUACCUCCCAGUUGCCCUGGAAGAGAUGGACUCUAGCUACAUCAACAUCUUCUUCACAACGUACCAGACGUUCACUAAUAAGAUGCAGGUUCUUCAGAUCUUAUUGGACAGGUACAAGACGGGCAAAGUCCAUGGUAAUUUAUCAGAGGAGCAAAUACAAAAGAAUAUCCGUUCUGUGAUCCUGAUGUGGUUAGAUGAGAAUCUGGAUGACUUCAAGCAACCUCCCAACUAUCCCUGUCUCACUCUGCUGCAUGAGUUUGCUAGAGGGAUCUUUGAUCUUGAGAUGGCAGAGAGAGCAAAGAGGAGGAUCGAGUUCUUCAAAGAAGAAGCUUCCCAAAGUGAGAUGAGCAAUCAGCUGGCAUACCAGGCUAGCAUGUGCGAUGAAGUGGAGGGAGUCAUGAUGGAUAAUAUGUACAUGGACAUCAAGAAUGUUGACAGUAGGCAGCUGGCCCAGCAGCUCACAUGUAUGGAUGCUGAUCUCUUCAGGAAGGUGAACCUGCAGCACUGUCUAGGCGGCCUGUGGUCUCGAAGGAGCAAGAAGAUCGGCGGUUACCACGACGUCCUGUCCGUCAAAGCUACCGUGACACAGUUCAACGAUGUCACUGAUCGUGUCAUGACGACUGUCAUGGAGAACAAGACAUUGAAGUCGCAUGAGAGGGCAGCAAUUAUCAAGAAAUGGAUUGAAGUAGCUCAGGUUUGUCGUGAAAUGAAGAAUUUCUCCUCGUCCAAAGCCAUCAUAUCUGGACUCCAGACUCAUCCUGUGUACAGACUCAAGAAAGUGUGGAAUGCAGUACCAAGGGCUCAUGUACUUUUAUUCGAGGACCUGGCAAGCAUAUUCAUGGAUGAUAAUAACUUUGGAGUGAGUCGAGACCUGCUUAUUAAGGAGGGAACGGCCAAGUUUGCCUAUGUAGACUCGCCUCGGAUAUCAAGGAAACCCGUUCUGAACCUGGUACGGAGACUAAGCGGGGAUAAGAGCACCUCACCGCGAAGAGAAACUGCUCGAAUGCAUGGAACCGUUCCGUAUCUAGGCACCUUCCUGACGGAUCUGAUCAAGAUAGACGCCGCUAACCAAGACCUUAUUGAGGAUCAUCUUAUCAACUUUGAGAAGAAAAGAAAGGAAUUUGAGGUGAUCGCUCAGAUCAGGCUGUUGCAGAAUGCUGCUAAGAAUUACCAGAUUGAGUUAACGUCAGACUUCAGGAAUUGGUUCAGCAACAUGAUUGUGCUGACCUAUGAGGAAUGCUGUGAGUUAUCAGAAGAGAUUGAAACAAGUUCCUCAUCACCGUCUCCGUUCACAUCACAAGCAGAUAUUAGGAAGUCAUUAUCAUUCAGGAGAUUCUUCAGUUACACAGCAGAAGACACAAGCAGCAGAACAAACAGCACAAAGAGUCACCGAAGCAGCAGUAGUAUAAGUAGUACCAGCUCCACAGGCUCCGGUGAAACCCCCUCCUUGGAAGAUGGUAUGAGCUUCUCCAGUAGUGAGUCGCAUGCCACGUCCAUCAACGGCGGGGAGAAUCUACCGCUGAGGAGGGGGGAGCAGAGACGGACGACAAUGGGGGUGAAGGAAAAGGAAAAGCCGAUGAGGAAGAUUUCUGCAUCCUACUCUUUGACCGACCUGACGCAGCUGAUUAUUCCUGAGAAACACAAGAGCCCCCCUCCGUUUCCAACGGAUGCCUGUCGAAUCGUUAGAGUGUCGCUGGAGGGGAGCGAGUGCAAUGUCUACAAGAGUAUUGUGAUCACACAACAGGAACACACACCAUCAGUCAUUAAGAAGGCAGCUGAGAAGCAUAACCUACCUCCCGAGGAGAAUUUAUCACAGUUCAUACUGGUACAACUACUACCCCUGGGAGAGCUCCCAAUACCUGACAACGGUAACGUGUAUUAUGCAAUGAACACAACAGCAGAACCCGACUUUAUGCUUAAACGACGGCCGCCACCAGGCACAGUGAUCAAACGAAAUACCACCAAGUUAAGACGGAGUCGGAAAUCCUGGGUUCGAGAGAGUCUGGACACGUGACAUGGGCUGACUUGAGGGGUACACCUCAGUAUUGUAAAUUUUUAAAGAUUGUUUUCUAAUGAAGUGAGUUUUAGUUCAAGAAAACUUGAUUAACGAGCAGCUGAAUCUCAUUGUGAUUGUUUACAUGUCAAGUUGUCAUGGUGAUUGUCUGCAGCUCAACACUUGUAGGACUUGUCUUGCCACUCAAAAAGUCAAAGCCAUCAUUGCUGAUCAUCUGCUACUCGAAACUCGUCGAUCAUCUGCUGCUCAACACUUGGCCAUUAUUGGCAACUCAAAAGCCGAGUCUCACAGAGUGUUUGCAUCUCAAAUUGUCUUGGUGAUUUGUCAGCAAUUCGACACUCGUCGAAAUUGUCCUGCCACUCAAAAGUCAGUCCUCAAUGCUGAUUAUCUGCUACUCAAAACUCAGCGGUUGUCUGCAACUCAAAAAGCUGAAUCGCAUUGUGAUUGUUAGCGUCUCAAAAUGUCUCGGUGAUUGUCUCUAUAAAACUUGCCACGAGUAGGAAUCGUCCUGCCGCUCAAAAGUCACAGCCAUCGAUGCUGAUCAUCUGCUACUCAAAACUUGACGAUUGUCUGCAACUCAUGAAGCUGAAUCUUAUCUAGAGUGUUUACAUCUCAAAAUGUCUCAGUGAUUGUCUACAACUCGACACUCAUAGGAAUUGUCCUUCCACCUUAAAAUUCACAGCCAUCAAUGCUGAUCAUCUGCUACUCAAAAUAUCGGCAAUUGUCUGCAACUCAAACAGCUGAACCCCCUUGAGAGUGUUUACAACUCAAACUGCUCGGUGGUUGUCUACAACUCGACACUCGUAGGAAUCAUCCUGCCACUCAAAAGUCACAGCCAUCGAUGCUGAUAAUCUGCUACUCAAAACUCGGCGAGUGUCUGCAAAUCAAAACUCACAGCCGUUUGUAUAGUGAUCUUCGACAAGUCAAACCUCAUACAGGUCGUCUGCACAGAUCCUGGUGUAAACUUGGACCACAUCAAACUGGCAAUUUGUCUACAAUUUUUCUACAUUCCUUACCCAGACUGCAAUUUUUGGUUCAGCUGGGGCCCAACUUUUUUCCCUUGCAGCCAUAUUCUGGUAGUAGUUAUAAGGAAAACGAAAUGGCUCCUCGACACGAUAAAUAUAAAAUACUUUGAUUGAAAGAAACUUGCAAAAUGUAUUUUUAUGUACAUGUAUUGGACACAGCGUUUUAGCUAGCGAGCCGUGCACCCGUGUUUUGCACGGCCAGUUUUGUGAAAUCACGGCCUAUUUUUUCAAGCACGGCCUGGCGGUGUAAAUCUAGCCGUGCACUAUUUAAUUAUACGUUUGUGUAAUCUAGAUAUCAGGCAUGAGAAUCUUCCGGUUUAAA